AUGGCCGUCAGUAAUAUCGUGUGUGAAUGGUUAAGAGCCCUCGGUCUGGGCCAAUAUGCCGAAAGUUUUCUCGAUAACGGUUAUGAUGAUCUAGAAAUAUGUAAACAAGUUGGCGAUCCCGAUUUAGACGCCAUUGGUGUUGAAAAUCCGGCACAUCGUCACAAGCUACUAAAAAGUAUACGACAAUUACGUGAAAAAGGUGCCGCAUCAGUGUAUUUUAUGUUAAAUGACCCGAACUCGUUAUCGGGCAGUGCAGAGAUAUUAUGUGUAACACCACCACCGAAUGAUUUGGAUAUUGUCAUCAGAGAACAGCUGGAAACGGAUGGAGUACGUCUGACGGCACAUCCAUAUUCGACACCG